UUGACUUUUCUAUCACUAUUUGAAUUUUGAGAAUUGUCGAAUUGUUGAAUCACACAAAAGUCCAAAGCAACUCUAUAAUAAUAUAUAAUCAACUUGGGGUUUGGUUUACACUUGCAUGUUGCUAGUAGGCUACUCAGUCAGGUACCUUUUUCCACCAGCAUUGUAGAGAAAUCCUUAUUUACAAAGUCUGUAAUUAACACUGGACCUGGAUUAAUUUGAUUAGAAUCCCCUUUUAGAGUAAAUUCAUCUUUUAGUUCAGUGUUUUCUUAUUGUGGCCAUGUAGGGCAGGGUCCACGUUUCUUGAGCUGACUAUACAGUGUGUAUAAUGCUGCUAAGUGCAGUGGAAAAAAAAGUCUCAGAUGUUUCUCCAUUCAUCUUGGGUGCCUCACAGGGACUGACAGUCGCUCCUGGCCUGCGCCCCCAGCCCCACACCGAACAAGGAAGGGUCUUGUCUUUGGAUAGUCCCAGUAAAGCAACCCAGCCCCUCCCUCUCUCCCUCCUUCCCUCCCUCUCUCCCUCCUUCCCCUCUCUCUUCUCUCCUCUCCUCUCCGCUCUCGUCCAUGCUCCGCCUGCCCUGCGUGUGAGUGAACUACCAUCUGGCCCCGUCCUCCAUCCUCCUGCACCGCUGCAGCCUCAGAGCUCCCCUUCCUCCUUACUUUACACCAGGGGUCUCCAACAGCACACUCGGACUGCAGCCGGUAAGAGCCUGCCCCUUCUCCAGUGCUGUGGAGAGUGGACUCAGUACCCUCUGCCAACCAGCUAUAGGCAGCCUUCGCCAGAGCUCCCGAGAAAGGAAAGAAAAAUCUCUGUCAUAUUAUACAAGCUAUCGAUCAGCGCCUGUCUGCAUAGCCCAUCCCUCCCUCCCUCCCUCGGCACUCGUCCUUUUCCCCUUCAUGCGCCUCCGUCCAUUAUUGGGCUUGGAGCAGCCACAGCAGAGCUGAUGUCUGACGCAGGGCCUGCCAGCGAGAGGAUGGGGACUACAGCAUGGGACCAUCACAACACAAGGAUGUGGGAGUCCACCCUGUGUGAGUUAAGGAGGGGCGUUGCCUCCUCCCCACACCUGUCAGACAGUGAGGUGUUAAUCCCAGUGGAAAAGGGACAGCAGAUUAGGCAUGUUAUCUCACAGCUAGAGACCCCUGCUUUGCCCAGAUGGUGUAAUAGACAUCAGUGGAGAUGGCUACAACAGGAGAGGAGAGCUUAUGUCCAUCUACAAGAUCUCAGGCGGGCCUGGGUCACCCCUGACCUGCACAAGAGCCUGAGCUGUACAUGGCACCCAGCGUCCAUCCCCGCAUCUCACUUGGGCCUGUGUGGUCAUGAUUGGGUCAGAGGAGAGGUCAUGAUGUCCCCAGACGCUGUGGUACUGCCUUUGGAGGGUAUGGUGGAGGCCACCUGGCUGAACUGCCACAGAUGCGAGGUCCAUAAGAAUUUAAACUCUCCACCAAAUGACAUGGAUUUAAACCAAAUCUGUCAACCUUCUUUGAGAUGUGAGUCACUUGGAGCACAUGAGGAUGAUCAUAGAAUAGAAAAUAGACUUAUUAGUUACUUCACCAGAGCAAAUAGCAUUCCUAUCUUAUUCUUCAAAGUUCAGCCGAAUGUCUACUUUACAUGUGCCAAGGCUUCUGUGUGCAGAGUUCCAACUCCUUAUUCUCCAGGCCACUGUGUACACAGUGUAUGCACCUCAGACCAUUGUGGUGCACUGCACAUUGCCAGACAUCCAAAGAACAGAGCUGAAUCUAGUUAUCCUUGGGAAGAAACAUUUCAAGAUUACAACCACAAUGACUGCUUGUUAAGGACAACAGUCGACCAUCCUUGUCAUCCAACGGCGACUUUAUCCACGAAAUCCUCCCCUGACUGUAUCAUCACACCUCAUGAUGCCUUCCUCAGGGUGCUGCCAACGGUUUCGCUUCCAGAAAGCUCUAUCCUUUGGCAUAGUUCUAGUGCAGAAUGGACGACAAUCGACAGCGACCCUCCCUUGGAGGUUGGAGCCGAAUUAGAUGCGGACACCUCUGGUGAACAGAUCAGCCAAUGUGCAGACAACGGCACGUCCAGCAGUGACAUCUCAGAGACUGAAGACUCAGACAGCGAUGACGCGGGCACAGACACAUCUGAUACCUCCUGUCAGCAUGAAUUCUCUGAUGGGCAUGAAUCACUGAGCGAGCGGACAGGAUAUUGGUGCCCGCUGCCCAUCCUCAAGAGGUCUCGGGGAGUGGCACACCUGCAUGCCGUACCGUCUGCCUCAUCAGAGGAGCACAAUGCAAGUCGUCUGAGGAAGAGAGUAUCCUUCUUCGAGGAGGUCACUGUCUUCAUUUUUGACAAGGAGGCACCUACCCAGGACUUAAAAACUCCAUGUAGCUCAGUGGACAUGCAGAGCCAAAAGUCGCAGGGCAUUCUGACUAUGUCCACCAGUGGACAUGCUGGUCACUUCUCAGCAGAGGAGAUCCACUGUGAUGAAGAUGAUCUGGAGUGGGAAGAUGACUUCUGCACAGCAUUGCCCUUGUUCCCUGUUCUGAUGGAGGCCAAUCGGUCCUCUUGGUCUCACAUCUCGGACACAUCGGAGCAUCCACGCGGCUCCGCCUGCUUUCGUCACGACUGGGUGAACUGCUCCACCUACACCUUCACCCACAUCACAGACUCGGACUUGGAGUGACUAGAAAAAAUUAGCAGGACUCACUCUUUGGCAUUCCAGUUUCUUCAUCGUAUGGAGUAGAGAAGCUGUUAAUGCAAUUAGCAAUGAAGUUUUUUUUUCUACAGAUAUUAAGAUGCCAUUUUUCUUUAUAGCAGUAAUGUAUUAACUCCCUAAUAGGAUGAGA